UUACCAACACCGUUGUCCAAAGAUUCAAGAAUCAACACGAAAAAAUCCCUUCGUCGCAGAACCGAAAAGAAUUCAACCAUGUCCUCCGGGGACACCUCCGGCUCGAAGGAGCCGGUCCCGAAAAAGGAGCCCACGGAACCACCCCUCCCGCCGGGUUGGGCCCGGAUCGCGUCCAAGAAACGGCCCGGCAAGCACUACUACUUCAACGCCGCGUCCAACACGAGCCUGUGGGAACAUCCGGCCCGGGCGCUGGCCCAGGAGGCGAAGAUUGUGGCCAAUGUUGGCGCAGCCAAAAAGAAGAAGGCGAAGGAUGGUGAGAAGAAGGUCGUCCAGCUGCGGAAUGACACGCAGUUCAAGAAGAAGAAUCUGGCUAAACUGCGGAUGGAGUCGAUCCGGACGCAGCAGGAUGAGGAGAGGAAGACGGUGGUCAAGAAGACUGCAAGUCCCAGAAGGAAACCGGAAGUUAAGGUGACUUCUUCACCCAAGAAGAAGCCGGAAGUUCCGGUUAAGAAACCAGAGAAGCCGGAAGUGAAGAAGGUCGCUUCCCCUAAGAAGGUUGCCCCAAAGAAGCAGGAAGUCGUUAAGACAUCCCCUCGCCAGAAGAGGAAACUUACCGAGGAUUCUCCAAAAAGUGCCAAAAAGAAGCCGGCGGAAGCUUCUAAGACGAGCGCCAAAAGUCAUGCCAUCGCGAAGAAGACAUCUCCGGUCAAAGCGAAGCCCAAAACGGUGCUGGCGAUCAAGAAGGAGGUGGAAUCGCUGAAGCAGUUCAAAAUUCCCAAGAAGCCACCGGAGGUGGAACCCGUUCCCUCCCCGGUUCUCGUAGACAUUCGAAAGCUGGAGGAAGUGAAGCCGGAAGUACCUGUAGAAACACCGAAGAGUAUUCCUGUUGUGGUUCCGGCGGUGUCGCCGAAACCCUGCUUGGAACCAUCGCCACGGAGUCAUUCAACGCCGAAGGUCGCGGCGGUUCCUCAAGACUCGUUCACCAAAUCCCCGGCCAACGAUCGGUUGGCCCAGCUGCGAAACCAAAUCGCUCAAAACGUUGAACUCGACGAGGACGCCGAAAUGACCGACUUGAGCGUGGACAAUUCCACGCUCGAAGUUGAAGAAAUGGAGUGGGAGGACAUUCCGGAGGAGGUCGCCCUGCAGGAGGUCGUAACCAUUCGACGAUCGCUUGGACUCAAACUUGCCGGCUCCGGCCAAACCCCAUCCAUUCCCGAUCACCAAUCCCACCAGGAAGACCAGGUCAGCAGCUCGUUCCAGCGCUUCUUCUUCGUCGUCGUCGACACCAACAUCUUCCUGUCCCACCUGAAACCCCUCGAGACGCUCCUAACCACCGGAAUCCCCUCCGUCGGCCAACCCAUCCUCAUCAUCCCGUACAUCGUGCUGCAAGAGUUGGACCGAAUCAAACACCGCGAAGCCGGACGGCCCCUCUCCCAAGCCGCUUGCCGCUCAAUCCGCUUUCUCAACGACCUCCUAAAGCGCCGAGAUCCCCGCAUCCGCGGCCAGUCCACGAUCGAAGCGGCCGCGCCCAUCAUCCCGAUCGAAAACCCCGACGACCACAUCGUCAACUGUUGCUGCCAGCAGCUGGGACAAGUGCGCGCCGAACUGUUCCUACUGUCCAACGACGUGAAUCUGCGCAACAAGGCGCUCGUCAGCGGACUGACGGCGGUUUCGUUUGGCGAGCUGAUGGCCGAGGCGGAACGGUUGCGGAAGGUGGCGGCGUCGGCGGCGAGUGGGUGACCGCAGGGGAGGUUGAGGUUAACUAGUCGUAAGGGGACGCGAGCAAUCGAGUGCUGUGAAAUUAUGUACGCGCCACAAAGUGGCGCAGAGAGUUCAAUAAGUAUAUUUUUGACCGCCCGUUUUACGACGCCUUUUGUCGUAGGCAUUUGUUACCUAAAAAGAG